CUUGGAUUGGAUAUGUGCAUUUCAUUAUAUUGGUUUCGUUAGUUGCAGUUACGACAAAUGAGUGACAGAACUCUGGUUCCAAUAUUCGUCUUCUGGGCAUUCCUUACCAUCAUCACGCCGACCCUUAUUCUCUUGUCAGAGAAUUCCCAGUCCGAGUUCAGUGUAAAUGGUAGACACCUCUGGUUCUCUCCGCUAUGACCAUAUUUGCUGGAAACAUAACAGAGAGAACGAAGGCUAGGAGAAUGAUGGGUAAGCCAGAGAAUGAUGCGAAGAUCAGAAUCAGAACAAAGGUAGAGGCAGCCUUGAGGAUAGUAGCUGCAGAGGAAAUGGCUCCUUCACCAGCACCAAGUCCAUCACUGCCUUCAUAUUCGUAUCAUGAUCAACGAAACAACACAGAUGGGCUUAAGCUUCUUUCUCCAAAAACACAAGUUGAACAAACAGGAAUCGACUGAGCAAGUACUUGAUGAUGCUGAUCGCUGGCUUCGGAUCCCAGACUUCUCUCUCCUGUCCUUCUCCAACUCCUUACAAAGUUGAUGAGAAUGCGUAUUAUUAUAUCAUACUGCAUAGGUGUCAAUUAGUAUUUUUUUCAUGAUAUAGAGGAUAGAACAUAUUUGAUUUUUGUAGGUUGGGAAUCAAAUGUUUCAUUCUUAGCUGGACUGUGAGUCUUGUGUUCUGCACAUAACUUGAGAUAAGUCAUGCAACUCAUGACUCAUGAAUAAGAAAGUUUUUUUUAUAGAUUUGUUAAA